AUGUCUGAAGGUACAACUGUCGAAGCUGUGGAGAAACUUUCUAUUGGUGAGCUCUUCACAUCAGAAAAACAUGGUGAUGAUACUUCUGGUGAUGGUACUGAGUUAAAGCCUUUCAAGACCAUAUUGCAGGCCAUGAAACAUGCUGGAAAAGAACCAUUUCCAGUGAUUUAUGUAGAUUCUAAAACCGAAGGCAAUAAAUUUGAACCUGCUCCUAAAACUCAAAUAAAGAAAAAUCAAAAAUUUUGGGUCAGAGAACAUCAUAAAAAUGUAGAAAAAGCCAAAAAAGAAGAAGAAGAUGCUGCUAAAAGGAAUAAAAAUUUAGAAGAAGCAAAAAAAUUAAUAUUAUCUGAAGAUUCUACUUUACCGCCUGCCACUUUAAUUAAAAUAAAAAAUGCUUCUGAAUAUCGCAAUUCAAGGAUUAAAAUGUAUGGAUGGGUACAUAGACUUAGGAGACAAGGAAAAUCAUUAAUGUUUAUCACAUUAAGAGAUGGCACAGGUUUUGUUCAAACAGUUCUUAAUGAAAAAUUAUGUCAAACAUAUAAUGCUUUAAUGUUGUCUACUGAAUCAUCUGUUCUUCUUUUUGGAGUUUUGAAAGAAGUUCCUGAAGGAAAGUCUGCACCAGGAGGGCAUGAACUUCAAGUUGAUUAUUGGGAAUUAAUUACAUUAGCACCACCUGGUGGUGCUGAUUCUAUAUUGAAUGAAGAUGCUAAUCCAGAGGUGCUAUUGGACAAUAGGCAUAUUGCCAUUCGUGGAGAAAAUACAUCCAAAAUCUUAUUAAUGAGAUCAGUGGUCACUCAAGCAUUCCGUAUGCAUAAUUUAGAUAAAGGCUGCGUUGAAGUUGUACCACCUACAUUAGUACAGACUCAAGUGGAAGGCGGGUCUACAUUGUUUAAACUGGAUUACUUUGGACAAGAAGCAUAUUUGACUCAAAGUUCCCAGCUUUACUUAGAAACUUGCUUACCAGCACUUGGUGAUGUAUUUUGUAUGGCUCAAAGUUAUCGUGCUGAACAGAGUCGUACGAGAAGACAUUUAUCUGAAUAUACUCACGUAGAAGCUGAAUUCGCAUUUAUUACUUUUGAUGAUCUACUAAAUCGGAUUGAAGAUAUGAUUUGUGAUGUAGUGAAGCGUGUUUUAGAGUCACCACAUGCUGAUAUUGUGAAACAAUUAAAUCCAGAAUUUGCUGUACCGAAAAGACCUUUUAAAAGAAUGGAUUAUAAAAUGGCCAUUGAAUUUUUGCGUGAAAACAACAUAACCAAGGAAGAUAAUUCAUUUUAUGAAUUUGGAGAGGACAUUCCUGAAAUGGCUGAAAGAAAAAUGACGGAUUUAAUUAAUCAGCCAAUUAUGUUGUGCAGAUUUCCUGCUGAAAUCAAAUCAUUCUAUAUGUCUCGAUGUCCUGAAGAUAAUACUCUUACUGAAUCUGUGGAUGUCUUAUUGCCUGGUGUUGGUGAAAUUGUUGGUGGUUCAAUGCGUAUUUGGGAUGAAAAAGAGUUACUGGCUGGUUAUAAAAAGGUCGGAAUCGACCCAAAACCGUAUUACUGGUAUACUGAUCAGAGGAAAUUUGGAUCAUGCCCUCAUGGUGGAUAUGGCUUAGGAUUGGAAAGAUUCAUGUGUUGGUUAUUGAAUAGAUACCAUAUUCGUGAAGUCUGUCUAUAUCCAAGAUUUUUAGACAGAUGUACUCCAUAAAAGUUAUGAAGUAAUGCAGUUUCAACAUCAUAAUUAAUUUUAUGUUACUGUCACUAUUAAUAAAUUAAACAAAAUAAUAAAUUGCAUUUAUGCGUUUUCUAGUUUA